AUGGAUAUGGGCAGCUGGAAAAAUAUUCUAUUGCAAUGGAUAUCGGAAUGCGGCUUCGCCGAAUGUAACUUUUUCAAUUUAGAACAAUCGGACAUUGAAAAGUUCUAUAUGAACUUUAGCAAGAAGCAUCACGAAAUUGCUUCAAGCAAAUGCCCGGAACUAUGGGACUUUUUACAACAAUUUUAUCCUGAAUUUGAAGUGAAUCGCGACGACAAUAAUGGUUUAAGUUCGGCAGAUUACAUAUACGUGUAUACUUUGCUGCUGCAUUUCUCAUGCGUUAAACGUCCGCAAACGUUUUUUCAUGAUAUCUGCCAAAAAUUGCCGAGCGAUUCACAGCAAAGCAUGGCCCAGUUUUUCCACGAAUUGUUGGAAAUGGAACAAUUAAAUAAAGUCAAUUUACGCGAAGCUGUGGCCGAAGUGAUCGCAUCACAUGCAUUGUCGCGAUCUAAUCAUUCAAUCAGCAGAAGUAAUGAUAGCCUCACACCAGGCACUAGCAUUGAAACCGAUUCCCCGUUGAAGACACCAAAACGUAACAUUGGCGCGCGGCGCAACUUACUACUUACUCCGAAAACUCAUCUUCUGGAAGAACGAACACGUGAAUUGUUUGCCUUGAGAGCCCAACUUGAUACUGAGCGUUAUGAAAAAGAUCUUUUAGAAAUACAAAUAAAACAAAACGAAGACAAAGUUCUUAGACUGAGUCAAGACCAUAAAAAGUUAAUACAGCAAAUACAAGAAUUGAAAAUUGAUGUCCUUGUGAAAACCACAGACGAAAAUAAUUCAUCGGUCGAUCGUGAAGGCGUUGAGCGUGACCAGGCGCAGAAACGCUUAGUUAAAGAAAUAACGCAGAAGGAUAAUGAAAUCGUGAAAUUAAGUGAAACCUUAAGAGCCACGGAAGAAGAUAAAAUUCUUGCGGAAGAAAAGCUCACCUACAAUGAAUGGCAAAUUGAAAUGUACGGUGAACGCAUUGAUCUUUUGGAAUGUGAAAUGAAUGAUCUUGCUGAAGAGAUUCAGAAAAGAGACAGCACGAUUAAAUAUCUCAACGAUGCAAAAGUCGAGUUGGAACAAUUCAUUGCUGAGAUGCGUGUAGUCGGAUUAAAAGCUUCGAUUGAGGUUGAUUCAUCAUUUUCGCCGGCUACAGAAGUUUUUAGUCAGUCCACGCCGCCGGAGCCGGAAAGUUUGGCUGCUUCUGUUAUUGACAAGCAGUUGCGUGAAAAGGAACACGAAAACGCUCAGUUGCGUGCAGAACUGCAUAGGCUGAAUGCUAAUAACAAAUUAUUCGCCGAACGCCUUAAAGAGAUGAUAAAAUUGAAAAUGAAUGAGUUUAAAAUUACUUCAGAUCUGCAUGAUUAUGAUUUGGAAACUGAUAAGUGUGAUCCCACCGCCCAAUUUAAUAUAUUCGCGAGUUGCAUGGAAAAAAUCAACAUGCAUCACCAACUUGAGAAGAAUAAGAUCAAAUCCCUUGAACAGGAAAUUGUAGUAUCGCAAAAGAAGAAUUUGGAAUUGGCACGUAAAUUAGAUUCUGUACUCCAAGACGCAAACUUGCUGAAAUAUGAUCUAAACGCCUUUGAACAUAACAAUAAAGAGCUAGAGGAAACAAAGAAAAGAUUACAAAAUUCUUUAAGCAAUUGUGAGGCAGAGCUGAAAAAUUUAAAAGAGCAAGUAACGGACAGCGAAAAGAUCAAAGAAAGCUCGACCAAAGAAAUAAAUGCUUUGAAAACAAAAUUGCAUCAAACCGAAAACAUAAAUGCCAAACUAAUGGACUGCAACGCUCAGUUAAAAGAGCAGUUAGAUGGUUUGCAAACUAAGUUACAAGAGUUGCAAGAAAAGUGGAUGACUCAGACCAAAUGCUUAGAGGAACAAAUAAAAGCACUCAACGAUCAACUUCAAAACCAAAGCAAGGAGCUACAAGCAUUUCAAGACGCGGAGAUUGCUUUAAAAAGAAACUAUGAGCAGAUAUUAAUACGUAACGAGCUUUUUAAAGAGAAUUGGCGAGAAGCAACUGAGCACUCGAACACCAUGUGUAAUGAACUUAGGUCGAAAGAGAAGGAAAUGUCCGGUUUGGAUGUGCAAAUAUCGAACCUAACUAUGAAGAAUAGCGAUUUAGCGAAACGUAUCGAUGUAUUAAUGCAAGAAUAUAAACAAGAGAAACAACAAUUGCAGAGGAAUCAAGAUCAAGGGCUGGAACGCAUUAAGGAAUUGGAUAAUGAAAUUUUUAAACUGAACGAAGAACUUGCACACAUGCGUACCAUUCUCGAAAACAGUGAAUCUCAGGGUACCCAUUUAAGCCAAACACUGGAGCAGUUACAAAGGAAAGGAACUGAAUUACUAAAGUUAUGUUCCGGUAAUUCUAUGCCUGAUAGCUCGGUCGAUGCUUUUGAGGAACUUGAAUAUCACAUUAAAUCACUUGUAGAGCAGAAUUCCACAAAGGCAGCUAGAUUAGAAACACUGGAAGUCACGCAAAAGGAAAGCAAUAGCCGCUUGAAUUACUUGCUGAAGCAAGUGCAAGAAAAGGAACGCGUGCUUGACCAGCGCAGUAGUACUUGUGAGGAGCUACUCGUUUUGAGGGCGCAAAAUAUUGAAUACGAAGAUAAAAUUGAAAAACUAAAGGUCAACCAAAGUCAGUUCAUUGAGCAAAUUAAGAGCGACUUGGAUAAAAAAGAAAACGAAUUGCAUCAGCAGAUGGAGGAGGCGAAAUUAGAACAUGAACAACGUUUGAAGGAAUUGAAUAAGGAAUUAAUAUUAGAAAGAGAACACAAAACUAAUAAGGAAAGGGAGCUAUUGUUGGUAACAGCCGAACACAUGGGAAUAAAGAGUAGAUUAAACGACGCAGAAAAAGAAGUGCGCACAUUGCAGGAGGUCAAUGGCAGAAUUAGGAUUAAUUGUGAACGUUUGCAUAGUUUUGAGAAACGCGUUAUAGAGUCCUGCGAGGGGAAUGAGAGACUUGAACUGGAAAUUCAUACCUUUAAAUAUGAAAUUUCUAAGAAGGCACAAUAUUUAAUUGAUUCUGACAAAGCUAUGUGCAAACUAAUGGAAGAAGUUAAAAAUUUCGAUUACUUGAAAAAGCAAAUUAAAGAUUUGCAAGGUUGUUUGAACCAAGGAAUUAAAGCGAGGGAAAUAAUCGACAAAGUCUUAACGGAACACAAGCAUAUAUCAGAAGAAAAACUGCAGGAGCGAUUGAAUGAGCAGAGCCAGGCCCUUAACAUAUUUAACGAUAAAUUAACUAAAGUGACCAGUGAAAUAGAGCGAUUGUUAGGAGAAUCAACCCCCUUUGUAUUGCAAAUUCAGCGAGAACAAGAAGAAGAGAGCAUUUUGCCGUCAUCUCUAAAGAAUUCGGCAGAUCAAAUGGGGGCCAACGUUCAAGGGGAAGGAAGCCGCGGGGAAAAUUUGGAAAGACUUAACGAUGAACUCAAAUCGCAACUUGAAUCUCUACCUCAACAAAAUGAGAACCUUCCUAGUAAGUUGUCUGAACGUGAAAACGAUUAUAGACCGCUGUUUGAAGAGCAGGAACAAGUUCGAGAAGAUUCCCAAGAGAAACUCUGCACAUUAAUGCGAAAAUUGGCGGAAAGUUGUGACAAACUGGAGAGCUAUGACGUCGCACUUAGGGAUAUGGUGGUAGUGAUAAGGAAUAAUAUUAACCUGACCGCCCAAAAAGACGAAAUCAAGAACAUUUUCAACGCUUGUGCCGACUCAUCGGAAUGUGGUAUUAAUCAGUUACGUCAUUGGCUUAACCGUUUGCUUUAUAUUCAAAGUGUCCAAGAUAGCAAAAUAGAGGAGCUGCAGCAGAAGGAAGACCAAAACUUAAAUUUAAAAGAAGAGUUGAUUAACGAAAAUCAAGACCUGAAAUGCAAACUAGAGCGAAAUCAAAAAAAAGUCCAAGAUAUGCGUAAACAAAUGGAGAAUAAGGAUUCAAUUAUGCAAAAGCGCCUUAAGGUUGAGGUCAAGGGCUUCGAAGAGGAAAUAUUAAAACUGGAAAAAAUGCACGAACGUGAGGAAGGAACACUGCAAAGCGAUGCUGACAAAGUCAUCUCGGGAAAUGAGAUUAAAUACCCUAAAGCGGAUUUAUUACGUGCGAAUGAAAAUGUUUCACAACUCAUACAACAAAUCGACUCGAUAAGAAUGGAAAAAGAAGGUGUUUGCGAAGAGAAUCAGUUGCUACGUAAGCAAUUAGAAGAGGUGGGCAAACAUUGCACUACCUCCGAAACGAAAUUACAGUCUUUCAUUGAGCGCUGUCAGUCCUGGGAACGCCACCUCAGCGCCAGUCAAAACGAACUAAGAAAUGCCAAAACAAAUUUAGAAAAAAGCGAGACAAAUAUCGAGAAAUUAACGAAUGAAAAUAAAAAGCUCUGUGAAUCUCAUCAGGCAACCACUAAACGGGUUGAAAGUAUGGCUCUGAAACUGAGUAACGCUCAGACACGCAGCAUCGAACUCGAAAGAGACAACGAAAAGUUGUGCAAAACAUUGGAGGCGAAUUUAACAACUGCUGAGACAUUACAAAAGGAGAAAGAUUUGCUGCAAAGCGAAGCUAGCGCUCUAAAAGAGCGACUCUUGCGGGCCGAAAGGGGCCACGUGCAGCUGCUUGCCAAAGUACAAGAUCUCGAACAUAUAAAUAGAACAUUGCAGGAUGCUAAACAAAAAUCAGACACGGCUGACAUAGAUGGCAAAACAAAAAUAGACAAACUUGAAAAAGUGAAUGCAUCGAAUGAAGAGAAGGUACGAAAACUGACCGCGUCGCUGAAUAGUAGCGAACGUUCCAAUGUCAAACUUAAUUUGGAAAUCGGUGCCCUAAACUCGCAAUUCCAAAAGCUUAGUUCGGAGCUUUCCGCCAAAUAUGAAGCGCAAACUGAACAAAUCCAGCGGCAUCUAUUUAGGGCCCAAGAGCAAGCGCAAAAAUAUGCAGAACUUAAUCAGAAUUUGACAAAUCAGAUUAACGGACUUCAAGACCAAAGUGCGAAAAUUGACCACCAGUUGUCAAAGGUUUCGUUGUUAGUGAGAAUUAGUAAGGAGCGUUGCGAUAAUCUGUGCACCGAAGUGGAACAAUUGCGAGCUGGAUUACUGGUAUUGCGGGAGGCUAAGGCUAAAGCAGAACGAGAAAAAGAAAUUAUUAAGCAAAGUCUAAAAGAGAUGCACGCUCAAAACGAACAGUUAAUGCGUGAGCGUGACAGUUUGGCCGAAAGUUUAGAGGACCAAAUUAAACGUAAGACCAAAGAAGUAGAAAGCAUGCAAAAUGAACUAAAGCAACUUAGAGAAAAAGCGGAAAGUCAAAGUUCAGAAUUAAUAGAAGGCGAAAAGGUUACAGCAACCAAUGUAGUCGAAAGGGAAGAAUUACGUACGCUUCUCUCUAACAUGAAUGAGGCUCUUGAAAAGGAGCAACAAUUAAAUGAACACUUGCGGUCCGAUAACCAGUUGCUGCAUGAUAAAUGUCAGGAAGCAAAACAGCAUGCUGCUGAAGCAACAGUCGACGGUGGAGAACGCGUUAAAGGAAAUCGUUUGGAAUUGGAGAAGAUACUGGAAAAGAUGAAAGCCAAAAUCAAAAGGAUUUUGAGAAAAUGA